ACAAAAAUAAAUUAUCCUACAUGGAGAUAAUUCUGUGACUUAUUUUCAUGGAAACUGAAAAGCUUGAUAAGAAAAGACAGAGAAUUUGAAUUUGUGGAAGGAAAUGGAUGUGGCUUCUCUGCAGAGCUUCAAUCCAUCGCCACUCCUUUCCUCCUCAAACUCCGUCUCCAUCCAUCGCCCCGCCGUCAUUCUGCCUGGCUUAGGGAACAAUUCCGGUGACUACCAGAGCUUGAAGCAAACGCUGAACGACAAGUACGGCGUUUCCGCCGUGGUGGCCAAAGUGUCCAGGCUGGAUUGGCUCCGCAACGCCGCCGGUCUGGUGGACCCCAAUUACUGGCGUGGCAGUCUUCAACCAAGGCCAGUCCUGGAUUGGUAUUUGAAGAGAAUAGAGGAAGCUGUUGAAGAAGCAAAGGGAACUGCAAAUGGAUCUGAAAAUGUUUCGCUGAUCGGACACUCUGCAGGAGGAUGGCUUGCUCGCGUGUACAUGGAAGAAUUUGGAAGUUCCGACGUAUCCCUGUUAUUGACUCUCGGAACCCCUCAUCUUCCACCUCCAAAAGGCGUGCAAGGGGUUAUCGAUCAAACAAGGGGUCUCCUUCACUAUGUUCAAGACAACUGCUCCAAAGCUGUUUACACUCCUCAGCUGAAGUAUGUAUGUGUAGCAGGAAGGUUCAUCAAAGGUUGUCGAUUUUUCGGCAAUUCAGAUACUGAGCUUGCAGUUUCCUCUGUGGACAGUAAUCAGACUGUGUCUGAAAGUUCUGUCAGUGGCGGCACCUCUGCACCUAAUGCGACGACGUUGCGUGCUCGGUUUGUUGGGCAGGGAUACAAGCAAGUUUGUGGGGAAGCAGAUGUAUGGGGUGAUGGUGUUGUGCCGGAAAUAUCAGCUCAUCUGGAGGGUGCGCUUAACAUUUUCUUGGAUGGAGUUUAUCACUCACCUGUUGGUGCAGAUGAUGCUACCAGACCAUGGUAUGGUUCGCCGCAGGUGUUGGAACAAUGGGUACAACAUCUCCUUAACUGACUUCAUCCGAGGAAUGCCAUUCCAUUCCUAAAUGUCUUUCUUCUAUUUCAGACAUUUAAGUUCGUUACUGUUUAAUCUACCAGGAACACGUUUUCACAUUAUCUAUUGUGUUUA